UUUAGUGUAGCUGUGAUAUAGUUUUUUGAUAAUCAGACCCACUGAGACAGUUUAAAAUAAAAGCAAAACAAUUUUAUUGUUCAAAGAGUUACAGUCGUAUUGGACUAUCUGAACCUUCAUCGACGGGAUGAAGUUUCCUGUUCACAUUAUCAUUCUUGGUCAAGAAGGGGUAGGAAAGUCAGCUCUUGUGGUUCGUUUCCUCACCCGCCGUUUCCUCACCGAGUUCGCAGAAACCGACGAAAUCGACUAUGAACGAACGAUAACCCUCGACGACCGGCAGGUGUCGCUUCGCAUCACUGACGUCAGUGGAAAGAGCUUGCAGACGAGGGCUGCAUCCAGGGAGCUGCUGAUGCAGGCGGACGCGGCCGUCGUGGUGUACAGCGUCACUGACCAGUCCAGCGUCACAGCCGCACGUCACGCGCUGCACUGCAUCCGCAAGUACCGGCCGCCACCUCUGCGCCAUCGCAGACUCCAGCCUCUGCCGGUGCUGCUGCUGGGCAACAAGAGCGAUCUGGACCACAUAAGGACGGUGAAGAGACACUGUGAGCCGUCAGACUGGACGUCAGACUUCACGCUGACAGCCGAGUGUUCAGCUCGUGACGAUGCUGAUGGCGUUCGUGUCUUAUUCCACAAACUCAUUCGGAAGGUGCUGCAGACCCGAGAAGCCGGCAAUAAAGGUGGCCGCAAGAUGUCGCACGCCUCCCUGGGCUCCCCCAAGCAGCUGCGGUCCACCAUCAAGCGUCGCUUCAGCAUGUUCAGCAGAGAGCGCAUCUCCACCCUGUAGCCAUGGCAACAGCACGUGACAACAGAACGCCUUCACUGGGCGUUGUUAUGGUGGACACAGUGUGUGUGAAUGCUUAUGCACGUGUGUGGAAGUGUGUAAAUGCAUCUAGGUGUGAGGGAGUGGUUCACUGAGUCUAAGAGUCAGAGACGAACGACUAGAAAAAUUAUUACUGUUGGACAUCACGAACAUUUUUUUUUUUAAAUUGUCGUGUAUGUUUAAAAUUUCAAUAUAACUGCACCAAGGUCUUGUCUACAAAAACUGUUUACCAAGCUGUUGUAUAUAUUUAUAUCGGGAAGACAUACUGCUUCGUGUCACUAAUUCAUGCCGACCAUGUGUCGUUGGGUUCUACAUUAUUGAUGCCCUUCACCGAGUUAUGGACAUUAAAACUGAGUCUUCUCCCAGCCUCGCUCCUGCUGUUCAUUUAUUUACACACGGAGCCAGCAGGUGUUCUUGUCUACCUGUUCACUACCUGUACGCAUUUUUCUAUCGCAGGAUAUAUUUUU